AUGACUCGUCCUCUUAUAAUUGUGCUCUUCACCGUUUUCACCUGCCCAGUUAUAUUUGCUGGCCAUAAAUGUGUCUGGGUUCAUGGCUUUGUCAAAUGUCAAAAGGAUCCGGAAAAGCAACUGAAUGUUGAGGUUCGUGUCUACGACAGAGACGGAAUAUCGGUAGCACAAGUUGUGGAUCCUGAUGAUCUGAUGGGCGUCACAUUUACUGAUGAAGAUGGGAUGUUUCAACUGGAUGGUUGUGGCGAUGAUUUUGAUUGGGUUCCCGGCAUACCAAAUGAUCCGGAACCGUAUGUUCAGAUUUUGCAUUACUGCAACAGUGAAAAAGGCGAUAUAAUUACUCUGCCGGAGUUUCGUGUUUUUGUUCCGCAAACUUAUGAACUUGGAAUUAUCGAAUUGGAUACUGCAACAAGUUCUGCACCGAAUAUUACAACUGAUAUGUUUUAA